GGCUAAGGAGCAGGAGAUGGUGUUGGACAAAACAGAAGAACAGAAAAUUCAUGAUCAGGAGGACAAAGGAAAAGGAGCUCCCGCUGCAGAGACAGGAAAGCAAGAGAGGUCUGAAGACCAAACAAGCAUGGAAGAGGAGAGUGUGAAGAAGAAAUUACAGAUAAAAACUCCCACGAGCACAGACCACUCCCUCCCUCCUUUUGACCCCAGCAACCCAGUUGGUAUGGAGUUUUUAGUCCCAAAGACGGGUUUCUUCUGUAAGGUGUGUAAUCGAUUCUUCAGCGGAGCCAAAGAAGCAGAGAUCAACCACUGUAAAACCAUCAAACACUACGAGAACCUACAGAAAUACUUGCAGAGUAAGAAGACAGUGACUGUAACUGCCAAAUCUGACUCCAGCUGAAUGUGGCUGUGAAACUGAAUUUUGCCAUUCCCCUCCUUUUGUAUUGUCUCUUCAUUUCUCACUAAAGGUUCAGAUUUUCAUGUUGUUGUAGAUUAGUCAUAUGUCCUGUUACCAUUUAAAUAUACAGUAUUGAUUUUUCUUGUACAGUUAAGAGAAAGUACAGAGUGGAAUUGUAUAAUGAAAGAUGGCCGCCAGUCAAUAAAAUGUCUUUACUAAAUUGUCCAUCAUCACUCA